CUCAAGCUCGACGACAUAAUCUUUAGUUUCUUACUAUACAUUAUCUUAUUCCAAUGAAACAAAAAAAAAUAUACUAUUAGCUAUAACCCUUAUUAGCACGUAAUAGAUAUGAAGAAAGUCUGACCAAAUUUUUGUUAUUUGAAAAAUCUAUACAAGUGAAAUUGUGCAUUUUAUAUAUAUAAUCGACCUCUACAUCCAAAACUUUUACCAAAUUUCGAUUUAUGAUCUUCUAACUCAAAAAGAAGAUCGAUCAACUAUCAUGGAGAACGACUCGUCUUGCAAGAAAAACAAACCGCCAGCGUGCGGAUCACUCGUAACAAUCCUCAGCCUCGACGGCGGUGGAGUCAGGGGAGUCAUCGCCGGAGUAGUCCUUGCCUAUCUCGAAAAACAGCUUCAGGAAAUCGAUGGCGAAGGCGCGAGGCUAGCAGAUUACUUCGAUGUGAUAGCUGGAACUAGCACCGGUGGUCUUGUGACGGCUAUGUUGACUGUACCGGACGGGACCGGUCGACCUCAUUUCGCGGCCAAAGACAUUGUGCCGUUUUACCUUGAACAUUGUCCGAAGAUAUUUCCCCAGCCUGCUGAAAAAUGCAGAGGCGUGUUUGCUCUGUUACCGAAGCUUCCAAAGCUUCUGUCUGGUCCAAAAUACAGCGGAAAGUAUCUACGAAAUCUACUAAGUAAGCUGCUUGGAGAGACAAAACUUCACCAGACACUCACAAACGUUGUUAUACCAACCUACGACAUCAAGAAACUUCAACCCACCAUUUUCUCCUCUUACCAGGCGUUGACUGACCCUAGCUUGAACGUCAAGGUAUCAGACAUAUGCGUCGGUACAUCAUCUGCUCCCACUUUCUUUCCUCCUCAUUACUUCUCCAAUGAGGACAGUCAAGGCAAGACGACGGAGUUUAACCUCGUUGAUGGCGCAAUUACUGCUAAUAACCCGACUUUGGUGGCUAUGACUGCUGUGUCUAAGCAGAUUGUGAAGAAUAAUCCUGAUAUGGGUGAUAUCAAGCCGUUAGGUUACGACCAGUUUCUCGUUAUAUCGAUAGGAACAGGAUCUACAAAGAGAGAGGAGAAGUACAGCGCAAAAAAGGCUGCAAAGUGGGGAAUCAUAUCCUGGUUAUAUGACAAUGGAUCUACUCCGAUAUUAGACAUUACUAUGGAAUCAAGCCGCGACAUGAUCCAUUAUCACAGCUCUGUUGUGUUUAAAGCCCUACAAUCUGAAGACAAGUACCUCAGAAUCGAUGAUGAUACAUUGGACGGAGAUGUAAGCGUUAUGGAUCUAGCGACAAAGUCCAACUUAGAGAAUCUUGUGAAGGUUGGAGAGAAGAUAUUGUCAAGCAGAGUCGUGCAGAUGAACAUCGACACUGGUGCAUAUGAACCUGUUCCUGAAAAUAUUAAUAAUGAUGAACAACUAAAGAGAUAUGCGAAAAUCCUCUCUGACGAAAGGAAAUUAAGGAGAAUGAGAAGCGAUACAAUGACUAAAGAUUCAUCAAACGGAUCACAGGAGACCAAAUAAAAGGAAAUACAUGCCUGAUGAUCUCAUUCGCCCUUUUGUGUGAAAUACUGUACAAGAUGAUAUUGCUAUUUAGUUUAAAACUGAUGGAUAUAUUGUGUGUGUGUGUGUGUGUGUUGGUCGGCGAAUUCUCUUAACGCCUUGCUUUUUGUUUUUUUGUUUUGUUUUUUGGUUUCUCUGAUUGAUUUUUUCCCGAAUUGAAAAGAUAAUUAAAAAUUUACAAAUCAAGUUACACUUUUCCGGUUUA